GUCUUGCAUCAUAAAUAGGCCCUUAACAACCUUUCAAAUUAACCUCUCUUGAUCACUCUGCUGUCUCAGUAGCUCCACUUUCUUGCCCUGUAAUCACUUGCCUUUCUUCUCCCCUAAUCUUCUCCACUUGUAUCAGCUCUCUCCAUGGCCUCCGUCCAGGCUGAUACACCCGUCCAAGUGGUGGGCGAUGAGCAAGCUGAAAAAUCAACACAGCAAACUCCUGUUCUUGAAGAAAAGCCAGCCACCAACGAAGAAUCAGAAGUAGUAGUGCAUGAUGGAGAAGAAGAUGAUGAAGAAGAAGAAGAAGAGCAUGAGAAAACUCAUGAAGAGGAGACUCAGAAUGAAGUGAAUGAUGAACAUGCAGGGUUCCCAUUUAUUGGUGAUGCUGAACCAACUGUUACCUUUGACGAUGAAGCAGAAGCUGAAGUUGAAGAAGGCGAUGACAUGAUUUAACUAGAUAUUGAAAUCAUUCUUCUUAAUUAUCAAAUUAAUUAAGGUUGUUAUGGUUUUUGUGUGGUUUUGAAUGAAAAAAAAAUUAAUAUGAAAUAUUUUAUUAUAAAUUAAUUAAGAUUUGACUGGGCUCCUUAAGGCUAGCUUUCUAUA